UUGAUUACGUAGUUACGUUCUACUUGAACGUGGCGGCGCCAACCUCACGGAAGAUUUCAAGUUUAGCGAAACAACACUAACUAUCUUUGCUUGCCAAUUCGAUGCGUUUUCUAUAACGUACCUUUAUCAUAUGGUUGAAUGAAAUGGCAUUUUUAUUUUCCAUUGAUCUAUUGUAUGAAUGUAAAUAGUUGGCUUGAGAAGACAAUAGACGCAAAAUCCAAUGACUGCGAUGACUUGCAAGUGGAAUGGCUUAUUUAAUGUUGGGGAGGAUUUCGAUGAUGAGGACCUGCUUGAGAUAGACUGGUCUGCACCAUCAGUGUCUGUAACCAGUGUGACCUCUACAGCACAGUCCUGUGUCCUGACAACCUCACCAGUUGUUCCCAAUGGCCAGAAGAACUUACACCAACUAUCUACAGAAUUGAUACCUACUAGUAAGAGCCUGUCAGCUGGCCCAGGGCCAGAGAGCACAACAUCAAGCACUAUAGGAUGUUCUGCUGCUUUGGGAUUGAGACAGCUUUCUACAAGUGAACAACUGCGGCCAUUUCCACCUCCUCACAUUGCUACACUAAGCAGGGAGUCAUGUAUAACUUCCCAAAAGACUAAUUCAGACACCGGAGAACAGCGAGGUGCGGCUUUGCCUCAGGAUGACUUCGACGACUGGGAUGUUGACCUGGCAGACCUGGAUGAAAGUGAUCCACAGAUGGAGACUGAGGCUGUGGUCCAAGAAAUGCCUCCAGCUACCACCCCAUCUGCAUACACCACCCUUCCCAUAGAUGACUCUGUAUCCCCAGCCAAAAGACUACGGACUUCAGCCUGCGGUGGGGUUCAAACUACCCCCGGUAUAGGCCUGAGAUCUGUCUCCUCCAAUCAAAUGUCUGGCCCGCCUGUCCGCAGACACCUCAGGUCUUCAUUUCCUGGCUCCUCCCCUGGCUCUUAUCCAAGUGCUACAUUUUUUCCUGCUCCGCACCCGGGCCCUGUGUUCCCUGUCCUCACUAUUCCCUCCUCCCCCUUCACCAGCCCCAUCCUCAGGCCUGUGACCCCUAGGCCAGUCAGAGGACCGCAUUCCCAGGCACAGCGCCCCUGCACUUCCCCUCUGGUCCUUGGACGUAGCCACCCUGUCACACCAGCCUCUUUUGGUACGUUUGGUGAACCCAUGUCUUCCCCCAGUCUUACCCCCCGUUCGCUCCACACACCCGUCUUCACGAACCACCUGGUCCGGCUGGUGUCCAACUCCAACAAACCCCCACAUCGGCCUCGUUCCGACCACGCCCGGCCAAAUACGCGCCGCUUCCCUGGCCCUGCCGGAAUGCUGCCCCAACAGCUCCAUGGGCGGAGCCUGGAUGACAUUGUGGUGGCCAUUCCUCAGACACCUGCACACGGUGCCUUGGCUCGAAUGGCCAGUCAGGUUCCCAGCUCUCAGGCAGAGGAAGAGGAUUUCAGUGGAGGUCCGUGGGCAGCGAUGAAGGCAGAGAUGGGAUUGGAUGAAAGGAACCCCUCCUGUUUUCUGCACUCUUACAGUGUGGCCAUGGUCCUUCGAAAGGCAGCUCUAAAACAACUGGUUAAAAAUAAGGUCCCCAAUAUGGCUGUGGUACUGAAGAGCAUCCUCCACACACAUGCUGAUGCCAAGGCUGUUUUCAAGGAUCCCACAGGGGAGAUGCAGGGCACAGUACACCGGCGCCUCCUAGAGGACAGAUUAGGGGAGCUCAAGACUGGGGCGGUUCUGCUGCUCAAACAGGUGGGUGUGUUCUCUCCAUCCCAUCGUAACCAUUACCUGAAUGUGACACCCAACAACUUGCUGAGGAUCUAUGCCCCUGAUGGCUCCACCCAUUCCCCACCAGGCCAGGAGCCUCUGUUGGCAUCACCUGAUCAGUCCUCCAGGCUUCCAGGGGCCCCUGUUUCUCGGAUGGAGUUGCUGUUUGAUGAUGCUGAUGAGGAAGCUGAGCCGGAGGUUCGGUCCCCACUGGGUCCUGCAGCUGGCUCCAGUUGCGGUCCCCAGGGGCUCCUCGCUGCACCACUGGACCAGUCUUGGGACGCAGAUGAUCUGGAUGAGCUUCUUGGAGAGUUACCUGUGGAGUCCUACUGCCUCUGAUACCAGACACACAUACCAACCUACCCCUCACCUGGAGUCCUACUGCCUCUGAUACCAGACACACAUACCAACCUACCCCUCACCUGGAGUCCUACUGCCUCUGAUACCAGACACACAUACCAACCUACCCCUCACCUGGAGUCCUACUGCCUCUGAUACCAGACACACAUACCAACCUACCCCUCACCUGGAGUCCUACUGCCUCUGAUACCAGACACACAUACCAACCUACCCCUCACCUGGAGUCCUACUGCCUCUGAUACCAGACACACAUACCAACCUACCCCUCACCUGGAGUCCUACUGCCUCUCAUAUAUACUUAGUCUUGUUUAAUAUGCUUUCAUUGACCAUUCCUUGCACCAUUGUAACUGGGAGGUUUUAGGAACAGAGACUGUUGUUUACGUUUUGAAUCAAUGUUAACCAGCCUUACUACAGUGUACACAUCCCAUGGAACCAUUGCUGUUUCAAGACCUGCUGGCCUCUAUUAACUCUAUUGAUUCUGCUUCACAGUGCUCUGAGUCCUAGCCAACGACUAUGUGUACAUAAUAUCCUGUAAAAUAUGUAUAUAUCUAUAAUUAAAGAAUGCCUCUGUUAAAGACAAUACAUAACUAAACAUGGUCUCUGCUUAUAUGCAGUGCCAGUCAAGUUUGGACACGCACACUUUCAGGAUGUUUCUUCAUUUUUACUGUUUUACACAUUGUAGAAUAAUAGUGAAAAUGUCAGAAUGGUGAAAUAACAUGUAUGGAAUCAUGUAGCAACCUGAAAGUGUUAUACAAAUCAAAAUGUUUCAUAUUGCAGAUUGUUCAACAUAACCCUUUGCUUUGAUGACAGUUUUGCACGCUCCUGGCAUUCUCUCUACCAGCUUCACAAGGUAGUCAUCUGGAAUGCAUUUCCAACAGUCUUGAAGGAGUUCCCACAUAUGCUGAGCACUUGUAGGCUGUUUCUCCUUCAACAGGAUGGUGGGCCUUUGCCAAGCUUCCCCAAACUUCUAGCACAACCGCCCUUCAGAGGCAACACAUUCAGAUUUAAGAACCUCACCUGUCUAAAUCUGCCUUACCUGAACACCACCAGAGGGCAGUGCUGCGUUUUGCCUUACAGGUGUUGUUGUUUUGAAUGUAGUACCGAUUAGUUUAAGCUGCCGGAGUCAUACUGUCCACUUAUAGGUUUUUCGUCUGCUCUAGUUCAGCCUGGGUCUGGGCUUUGAAUUCCGCUGAUGUAUCUACCGUAUGUCAUUGGGUGAAAGUGUCUGCCCUUCAACUUCGAUCAGCCCCAUCCUGCAGUAAUAAUGAACUUGCAACUCUCCUUAGAUGCUGUGUCCAUAGGCUAUGCUCUUCGCCUUUAAUACUCCCUAAUCAUCUCUGGUAAAACAAGAUUAUUUCUCAUAAGCCAUUGAAAUGGUAUGAAUGUGUAAUUACUUCAGUUUUCACAAUGGAUCUGGGGCUCUUUAUUAUUUGAUGAAAUGUCAGUGCAAUACUCCCAUCUGCAGUUGUUUUCUUUUGACUCAAUCCUGAAAGGGAGAAGGCCUUUUCAUCACUGGUACAAUGGGAAGCUCACUUUCUAAUUUCGAGGGAGACUUCAUGAUUUGAAUUCACAUGGAUAGUUUCAUCACAGAUCAUAAAGAGCCAGAUAGCCCAGCAGAUGUAUAUAUCUUGAAGUGCCAGGUCCUCAUUUCCUCUUCCCUUGGGACAGGAAGCCUUUGGAGUGAGAUGGAACUGAGCCGACAACUACUCAUUGAUGAAACAUAGGACUGCACAGCACAUCGCUUUUCUUUUUGUUUAUAUAAUAGGUGUUACCACUCAAAAGCAUCCUAGAAGAUACUUGACUUGGCUUUUACUAGAUGGCCCGGAUACACAAGGGAUGGCACUGCUUGAUGAACCACUUGCUUCUUGUUUUUUCAGCUUCUUUCUGCAGCCAGGGAGCAUUGGCAGGUGGUGGGUCUGAAGUUGGAGAAUGCUGAACUAGGGGCAUGAGUGACCAAUCUAAACUCAGCAUCAUGUCCAGUUCCCGUUGAAACCUAACCUUGUUUGCUUUCUAGACCCACGACAGUGGAACGUUAUUAUGGUGUAACCCUCCCAUAAGGAUUGAAUUGUUGAACCCUAGAAUAACCCGGGUCAUUGGCUUAAUGGAUAAUACAUCUACUCAAGAUGGAUGGCAUUUAUGUACCAAAAAUGUGGUAAAUAAUAAAGACUAAUC